AUGUCAUUAUCUUUUUUCUCUCUCUCUCAUGUAAACAGAUCAUUGUCAGACAUAAACGCUAUCCUGGGGUUUGCCAAAUUGGACCCUUCUGAUUUAAAACCAUUUGUGCAGUGCCUGUAUUUUUCUGAGCAGCUUGAAAAUGACAGCGUUCGGAUACUGGAGAUCGAAGAGUCUGUGCUAGAAACAUUGCAGGCGGGUAAGAGAGUAACGAUCCGCGGAUCCCCGUUCCAAAAUGCUGUGCUUGUGACAGAGAGUACGACCUAUGACCUUAAAGAAGCUGAGACCUCCAACUCAAUGCUCAUGAUACCUCAGUUGUCUCUGGGCCGUGACCUUCCCGAGUCAGGAAACCAGGAGAUUGGGAUCAGAAAAGUAACGUCCGUAGUGCACAACUAUUAUGAGCUGCGUGUGAUCAAGCCUCGGCUAAAGAAUAUGCAUGAAUUAUUAAAGAUGAGCCAGUACAGAGGGAGGGAGUGUGAAGGGGAUGAGUUUGAAGGAAAAAAAUUCACAUUGUCUGAACUUCAAAAUCUUGUUCAAGCCAGCGAUCAGGAAAUUCUAUCAGGACUUGCCAAAAUAAAUGCAUGUGAAAUUCAAGGAUACUGGCGUCUGCUAGAUUUUGAAUACGAAGCAACAGUCUUAUACCACAUAAUCCAGCUUUGUGAAGAAAGGGAUUGGCUGCUUGAGGGUGUCAAUAUGGAGGAGUGCUGCCAGGUUUUGAUGGAUCUGUUUCCAAAAGAAAUUAUUGAACAUGUAAUUCAAAAACACUCAGAUGAUGAGGGAGAUAACUCUAAAUCAGAUGUUGUCAGGUUGUCCGAGGACAAGAUUUGCAGACACUACGCAGAACUAUGUUUGAGAAAUUCUGGCAAGUUCAAUCUGAACGACUUUCUCAGAGCUUGGCAGGAGAGUGUCCCCCACGGCAUGAAGACCAACCUGGCCCAGAUUGAGGGCAAGGCUUUGAUUGACCGAGACUCUCGGCCAGAGGUCAUCUGGUACUACAGUGUGGAGAAUUUGCCAGAGGAUGUGAGCGAUAGGUUUGAAGCUCUUUUUGAACAAAGGAAGAAAUGGUCUUUGGAAGAGAUAACUCCUUACAUCAGGGAUCUCACCGAUGAUAAAACUGAUGCAGGUGCCUUGUUGACGAAAUAUGCCAGGGCCUCGGUGCAGAAUGGCCAAAAAAUGUUUACCUCCAGGAAAACUUUGUAA